GAGAGAAUCGGAAGUUUGGUCACUCAGCUGGCAUAGAAAACGCAUUAAAUUCGAAGAGCAAAAAUGCUUGGCAACCGGCAAUAUUUAAUCGAUACUCGCUAAGGAUUUUUCACAGCCAAAGAGGUUAGACUUUGACGGGAAAUAUAGAUAAAUAUAAAAUUUAAGCCAGUUCUUAACUGAUUUUUAUAGAGUGGUGUAAAACGUGAAAAUGAGCAAACUAGACGACUUGCUGUCCAAAAAGAAAACGGUGGUCCCCGUUUUGGACCUGAGUCGCAGCAAUAUCCAGACGGUGGAGGAGUUCAAACGGCUGCUGGAGAAGGUGCCCGACUACAAGAUGCGACCGGUGAAGGUGCGCGCCGAGGAGAUAAAGAUCCGGGAGAAGGACUACGCCUUCAAGAUGCCCAAAAAGGAGAUGCGAAAGUUGUUGAGGGCCAAUGGAGAGCGGGAGGCGAUGUACAUCUAUGCGGAUCCUGUGCCCAGCGAAAUGAAGGACGUGGUGCUGAUGGAACUGUGUGCCGUGCCCAUCGACUGGAAGAUGCUGACCACUUUGAGGCCCAAGAACAAACAGGAGGAGGAGUACUUCAGCCGAAUGGUUGAGAUGGGAAAGUUGGAACUGAAAACAGAGGCCCGCGAUCGCAGGGAAUUCGCCCUCAACAACUGUGUCAAGAAGAUCAAGAAUAAAUCGGGCAUUGUGGAAACUAGACUGAUGACCUGCGAAUCCUGCGGCGAGGAAAUGUGUUGUGGCAAGACUUGCGGUGACUUCAACUACGAUCUUUACAUUCGUGUCGAGGCCAGGGUAAUUAAACCCAAACCUGCCGUUUUGUCCUCCAACAAGGCCAAAUUAAAUGGCCGCAAAAAGUCAUCCGUGGGCGGAACCAAGAUCAAGGUCAAAAAAUCCUCCAACAAAGCAUAAACAUCAGAAUUAGUCAUUUACAAAUAUACCUAGCUUUUGUAACCAUAUUUAUUUGCUACUACAUUUUUAACAUGACUAUUAUAAUACUUAAAUAUAUUCAACGUUUAUGAAACUUAUUGUUAUAUGACACAUA